AUGGCAGCUGUCCGAUCUAGAUCGAGUGAUGACGAUCCCUCUCCAGUGAUUCCGCGAUUCUCUCCGCUACGUGAUCCGGGGCUACUGCUGCCGCCCGUCGCUUCUGAACUCCCAUUGGAGGAUCAUCAUCAAUCUCAUACUGAUGCCGCCACUGCCGCAAGUGCUCCCAGUGGCGUAAGUGGCGCUGUUCUCUCGCCCGCGCAUCGUUCCUUAGGGGAACACUGCCGCGGAGGCAACCUUCUGCAAUCGCCCCUAAGCGGAAAAUUUCGGCGGAGACAGGCGGGAAGCCCCUUACCUCGACAUAAGCCCCCUGGCGCGCACGAGGAUUUUCUCCGCGCCGAUUCUCCGCCUGCCGCGGGGAGUCCCCUGAGCCGCGCAGUUCACGCGCACAGCCACCUGGCGCGCACGAGGAUCUCGUCCUCGCGCGCGCAAAGCCCGCGCAUCUUCCCCGGGAGUCCCCGCGCCACUGUCCCCUUCAAGGCAGCGCACCACCACCACGCGCGGAGUGCGCAUCCCGCGCACGUCCUCCUCGUGCCCGACAACCCGCUCCUGGCGGAGAUUUUUUCCCCGCAUUCUGCCGCGGCGGGGCCCUGGGCGCGCGCACUCGCGGAGUCUUCACGCGAAAGCGUCACCCCUAGGGAUACCGCGCGGCCGCUUCCUGCGGACUUCUCCGCCGCCCGCAUUCCGGGGGAGGCUCCGCCGUCGCUGGCGUGCGACAUUCCGCCCACGUUCUGGGAACUCCCGCGAGCGCGAGACGACGCUCCGCCGAAAAGCAUUGGCGUGUUCGCGCGACUCCGGGAGUUCUUCGCCGCUGGCGCAGCUUCGGGCGGCGGAGCGUGGGCAGCGGAAGCAGCAGACGUCACAGCUGGUGCCACGUGGACGCAGAUACGAGCAGCGCGAGUGGGAGCACGAAUGGCUCUAGCAGGAGGAAGGGUGAAUCUAGUGGGAACACGGGCAUAA